CAGACGUACGUACAGACACGUCGAAUAAAAUACCUAAAUGAAUAAAUAAAGCAAAUGUGGUUUUUCAUUAAUGUGUACAAAACAUAUUAAUAAUUUUAAUUUCAUAGUACAAUUUAAUUGCGUUUAAAAUAAUUUAAUGAUUUUUUUAGUAAAUUUAUUCGUUAAUUUAAAAUGAAGUUCUUCGAUGUUUUCCUCAAACAAUUCAGAUUGCAAUGGAGGCAGUAUUUAGUGGCUUCUUUGGCGAGCUACGGCAGCCUCUGUACCGGCAUGUCGAUGGGAUGGACAUCACCGGUGUUGCCACAGUUGCGAGGACCCAACUCCCCGCUACCAGAACAGCCUACGUUACAACAAGAAUCCUGGAUCGGCUCUCUGCUCGUUCUCGGCGGAUUGAUCGGCCCAUUCAUCACAGUGCCAUUGUCAAAGCACGUUGGCCGAAGAUGGCUGAUUAUGGGAUCGAACGUGCCCCUCCUAUUGGGGUGGUUGCUCGCCGGAGUCACAACUAACUUGCCAACGUUGUACGUCGCGAGGUUGGCCUGGGGCUGUGCUACUGCCAUGCAAUUUGCGACAGUACCUAUUUACAUAGGAGAAAUUGCCGAGGACAAAAUCCGGGGAGCUCUGAGCGCGUUUUUCUUGUUGUUCAUCAAUAUCGGCUUUUUGUUGGCCUACGCCAUCGGUCCUUUCACCAGCUAUUGGGGCCUCACAGCCUGUGGUGGAAUUAUAUCCCUGUUAUAUCUACCGUUCUCUUGGUAUUUACCAGAAACACCGUUCUUUUUGGUGUUCAAAGGUCGUCUUGAAGAGGCAUCCUCAGUGCUGCAACAGCUUCGAGGAAAGACCAAAGAUGAAGUGCAACCUGAAUUGGAUAGCUUACAGGCGAUGAUAGCCAGAGAAUACGAGGAGGAACCCAAAAUUAGCGACUUGUGGGCCAGCAGAGGAAGCGUUAAAGCAUUGGGUAUAUGCGUGUUCCUGGCGAUGUUGCUACAGUUAUCCGGGAUCGACGUGCUGUUAUUCUACAUGGAGGAGCUGCUGGCGAAGGUCGGCACUAAGAUCUCUCCGUCUGACGGAACUAUCAUCAUGGGAGUCGUUCAGGUGGCGACGAGCUGUGUGACUCCGAUGGUCGUGGAUCGGCUGGGUCGGAAACUUCUCAUGUGGACUACUUCGCUUGGACUUACUGUAUUCCUGACCUUAAUCGGCGUUUACGCCCUUCUGGACAAUUAUUAUAAAUAUGACGUCACAUCCGUGACCUUCCUUCCGCUGCUGUGUCUAAUUGUUUAUAUGAUAUUGUUCACUUUAGGCGUUGGUCCGGUGCCGUGGAUCUUAGUGGCCGAAAUGUUCCCAUUGAAAACUAAGUGCCUCGCCAGCGGGAUAUGCUCGUUCAUGUGCUGGCUCGCUGGAUUCAUAUGGACUAGAUUUUUCCGCGACGUGGCCGCCUCCUACGGCAUCUACACCGCUUUCUGGAUCCUAUCUGUGUGCUGUGGGAUCGGGUUUAUAUUCUCUGUCGCCCUACUGCCGGAGACGAAAGGGAAAACGUUCGAUGAGAUACAGGAUUUGCUCAAUAAUAGAACGAAACAAGAUAAUCCAGGUGCUUGAACACGACCAGGAUGUAUUCACCACCUGUUUGUAAAUAAUAAAAUGUUUUUC